AUGGCUGAAAUUGACAAGAAGCCAGCAACAGGCCGGGAUACUCUGAAGGACCACCACUACCCAGCUGUCGACAUGGGUACGGGUACGACCGCGGAUCACGUUGGUGCCCACACAAAGGAAGUGCACAAUGCGGAACUCUUCGCUGCUGUCCAGGAAGCCAAAACCUCAGUGCGAAACAAGGGAUCACUCCAGCUGCUAUUUGCUGUGUUUGUGGCAUUCUGCUGCGCAUGUGCAAGUGGAUACGAUGGCUCUUUAUUGACUUCUAUUAUCGCGAUGAAGCACUUCCAGAGUACAUUCCACACUGGUCCAACUGGGACUAAAGUAGCUGUCAUGUUUUCGUUAUACACCGUCGGCUCUAUGGUAGCCGCUCCCUUUGCUGCAGUAUUCAGCGACAGAUUUGGUCGUCGUAGGGCCAUGUUUGGGGGAGCCAACAUCAUAAUUAUAGGUGCAAUCAUCGUGUCGACUUCUUCGACGAUAGCUCAAUUUGUGGUGGGACGAUUCGUGCUUGGAAUGGGUGUUCAGGUCAUGACUGUUGCCGCACCGGCGUAUGCCGUUGAGAUAUCUCCGCCGCACUGGAGAGGUCGUUGCACAGGUUUCUAUAAUUGUGGUUGGUUUGGUGGCUCCAUCCCUGCGGCCGCAAUUACCUUUGGGACCAACUACAUUGACAACGACUACUCAUGGAGAAUACCUUUGGUUCUCCAAUGCUUUGCAUGCAUAGUGGUUCUCGGCGCCGUAUUCUUCAUUCCCGAGUCCCCCCGGUGGCUGAUGGCUAAUGACAAAGAAGAAGAAGCCAGAGAGUUUUUGGUCAAAUACCACGGUAAUGGGAACUCACAGUCACGUCUGGUGCUGCUAGAGCUGGAAGAGAUGAGAGAAGGCAUUCGGCAGGAUGGUGUCGAUAAGACCUAUGCUGAUUACCGACCACUUUUUGCUACGCACAACGGGCGCUGGCGCAUGGCCCAAGUUUUGAUGAUUGCCAUCUUUGGGCAGUUCUCUGGCAAUGGUCUCGGCUACUUCAACACGGUCAUUUUCGAGCAGCUUGGAAUUACAUCAUCCUCACAACAACUGGGCUACAACCUCCUCAACUCGGUUCUGUCCGCGAUUGGAGCUUUGAGUGCAGUGUCGCUGACCGAUAAAAUGCCCCGCCGGAAGGUACUUAUCUUUGGCACUCUCGCUUGCGCCGCUACACUAGCAGUCAACUCUGGACUCUCGGCAGCUCUCGACUCGCAGGGCAAAAAUGUGAUUACCUCGUACGCUCAAGGUGGCUUGGCAGCCUAUUUUCUGUUCAACAUCGUCUUCUCAUUUACCUACACGCCGCUUCAGGCCGUGGUGAAAACGGAAGCACUUGAGACCACUAUACGGGCCAAAGGACUAGCGGCUGCGGGUAUUAUUGUCAGUGCCAUGGGCUUCAUCAACCAAUUCGCGGGUCCCAUUGCCCUUGGUAACAUUGGGUACCGGUACAUUUAUGUAUUUGUGGGUUGGGAUGUGGUCGAGGCGAUCAUGUGGUAUCUUUUUGGGGUUGAGGCCCAAGGCCGAACUUUGGAGCAGCUUGAAUGGGUUUACAGCCAGCCAAAUCCUGUGAAAGCAUCUCUGAUGGUUGAGAAGGUCAUUGUUCAGGCUGACGGGAAGGUGUCCGAAAAGGUGAUUGAUGUUGCCGAGCCCUGA